GUUGAUUUUAUCGGAAUCUCACGUCACGAAAGAUUUUUAAAUAUGGGCCGCUUGCGGAGAAAACGAAUGCACAAGAACGACAAACAUCUAAAGAAAAAGUAUCGAACCAGAAGGCGAACAAAGGACUUGGACCAAAUUCACGAGGACAUGCAACCAAAGAACGCUGCUAAAUUAAAAUCACAAGAGUGUGACAUGGAUUUACCAGGUGCUGGACAAUAUUACUGUAUACAAUGCGCGUAAGUAUCUUUAUAAUGGAUGUUGCCUUAAUUAUAAUUGCAAUAUAGGGGGACCUAUUAUUUUUGUGGCUACUGCGUCCUUAUAGGAGGUGAAGCCAUAGAUGUUAUGAGUGAUGUUAAGUAACAUUAUAUUAAAGUUCAGAUAUAGUGUGCGCUGUCAUUGGUUGAAAGAGCGUGCUAUAUGAGAGUAUCGAGCAUAGAGCUGAUCAAGCUCAAGCUGUCACGCCAUCUGCCAAAUUGUACUAUGUGCGACUUUCUCCAGGACUUUUCCCUAGUUUUGUUUCUUUAAUUUAAAGUGAAAUGUUGAAACAGGCAAGUCGGCAACUAGCAACAGAAGAACCAAACAAAGGUUUAUAAACAUGCCAAACACCAUAACUGACGUUGUUAUAACAUGAGCAGAGACGAAAAUCCUCAAAGAGUAAAUGAAAUGGACAGUCCAAGUUUUGAAGGUUUUCACACUCAGUUAGAUUGCAAGCUUACUUAGGGUAAUGAAAAUCAAACACAGCUGACAUUUGUGUGGUGUAUAUAGUUUCAUGUUCAAAACCAAAACAAAAAAGGAAUGAUGAAAAAUACAACCAAACUGGCGUAACUGUUAAAACUCAUACUAAUCAUGACAAUGUCAUGCUGAGGUCCAAUGUGGCUAGCUCAUCAUGGCGAUCUCCAGUUAUAGCAUUGAGAGAACAACUAAGAGCUUGCUCUGAUGUCCUUUCCGAGGCAUUGAGUGGAAGGCUGCAUCAGACACUGCAGCCAAGUUUGACAGUGCUGUCAUCCCGAGCAGUCUUCAUAUUCUGGUAAAUUUGGCUGUUGUUCAUACAUAAAACAGAUGCUGAAAUACUUUGUUUUCUAAUUUUCAUGUGAAAAAAACUUGCAUGUUUUUAUGAGCCACAAUUUGGCCAGAUGUCACUGAACAUUUCACUUCCAGAUUCUGUAGCAGAGACUAAAAGGCUUCAGGCAAAAGAGUUAAAUUCAACCUGCUGAACUAUUAAGUUAGUAAACUAUUGAUUUAAUUGAACAUUUCACUUUCAGAUUCUGUAUUAGAGACUAAAAGGCUUCAGGUGAAAGAGUUAAAUUCAACCUGCUGAACUAUUAAGUUUGUAAACUAUUGCAGAAUGUGAACUUUGAUGGUUUGACAUUUUUGACAGCUUUAGAUUUAGUACAGCCAAUUAGAUUAUUUGAACCAUUCCAGUAAGGAUACUGAUUGGCUUAUUGGAGUACACUUGGCAUAUUGUAGAUUGGCUUAUUGUAGAACACUGUUCACCACUCCAGAAGGGGGGAGAAGCACUCGACUACUACUCAUGUGUUUUCCCUACACUUCUUUCACACUCUAGCUGCAGAACAGAGCACAGAUAAGGCUUCUCUAUUUGUUAAAUAGAAGCUGAGCUUCACCUGACUUUGACACAAUGAGACUUAUUAUUCAUUUCAUAGUACCUUUGUAUUUCUCAUUGGUAACCAUCUUAAUUUUUCUUUGGAGAGGUCAUGUUAUUGUUUGAAUAUAAUUUUCUCAGUUCAUGCCGUAACAUUACAAAAGAUGAUAAACAUCUCAAAAAAAUUUCACAAUGGCCUUUGUUGAAAUCAAGACUUUUCCUUUCAGAAAUAUCUAAAUAUGUUUAAUCUGCACAUCAUAGAAACUUUCGAGAAAAAUUUUAUUUAUUUAAAGAGAGAAGAUUUUGCCAUUUCAAUCAGAAAAUACUGCUGAAAAGAGUAUUAUUAGAAAUACUUGAAUUUAAAAGGGAAACCCUAAUUGAUGGAAUGAUGGAAUGGUAGAAUUGCAUAAUGGUGGAAUGUUCUACAGUGUGGAAGUCUCACAAAAAUGGUGUUGGUAGGAGAGGUUGGUUUGGAGGGGGAAGUGUUUUAACAGAAGUUCUUAUCUCUGAAACUGUGGUUGGUAAUGUUUCAGUGGAUACUACUUCAUUUUUUGCUCAUAGCAGUUUUCUCAUUUUUUAUUCAAAGAAGGAAUUCAAACAUUUUGGAAAUUGAGAGAGAUGUGGGAAAACUUCGCCUAGUGGAACGUUUGUCCAUUUUUUUUUUUUUUUUGAAAUUGCCUUUAUUGUGCUGGUGGCCCAGGUAGUAAAAGGAACAAACAAAGAAAAGCAUUUUGCUUCGCUACUAAAUUCUAUAAAAAUGUGCUCUCUCAUCAGAGAAAUUUGGGGUGCCCAGUUCCUGGACACUUUUAUGAAAAGGAAAGAUGUUCAAGUUGCCAUAAGACCAAAGUUAUUUUUCCGUGGUGCCUAAUUAACAAAUAGAGGAGCCUUGACUGUGCUCUGUUCUGUUAUAAAGCACUUGGGAAGCGGCUAAAGCACUCCAGAAGUGGGAAGAAACACUUAUAAUAAAUAUUAAAAUAAAGAAUCCGUUAAAUUCCCCAAGCAUUACUUUCAAUUUUCAAAACAAACUUUAUUUCCAAAGCGAACAACAAUGUCAUCAGCAUGCUCUAUACUCUCAUAAAGCACGCUACAAUAAGCCAAUCAGAAUCCCUGUUAGAAUGGUUCAAAUAGUCUGAUUGGCUUUACAAGACUAAAGCUGUCAAAAGUGUCAAACCAUCAAAGUUCAAAAACCAUCAAAGUUCACUAAUACAAAAUCUUGAAGUUAAAUGUUCAGUGAACUUCAGCUGAAUUAUGGCUCAUAAAAACACGCGUGUUUUUUCACAUGACAAGGUAGAAAACAAACUGUUCAAGGCGAGUGUUUUUUGAAUGAACGACAGCUGAAUUCACCGGAACAUGAAGAUCGCACGUGAUGACAGUGCCGCAAAACUCGGCUACAGUGACUAAUGUGAAUUGCCACUCAACGUAUCGGAAAGGAUAUCAGAGCAAGCUCUUAUUUUUUUCACUCGAAAGGCGGCCAAUGUAGUUUCUGAGGCUUGCUUUACUGUGAUGACCAGAGAUCGCCAUGAUGAGCGAGCGGCGAUGAACUUAGCAUGAUCAUAUUCGCUCAGACACCGUCAUGAUUAGUAUGAAUUUUAACAAUUAUGCCAGUUUGGUUAUAUUUUUCAUCAUUUCUGUUUUGUUCUGUUUUGUUUUUGAACACUGAACUUUAUAUACUAUACGAGUGUUAGCUGUGUUUGAUUUUUAUUACCGUACGUAAGCUUGCAAUCUAACUGAGCGUGAAAAUAUUUAAAACUCAGAAUGUUUAUUUUGUUUUUCCUUUGAGGAUGGCGCCUGGUAUGUUUACAAACCUUUGUUUGAUUCUUCUGUUGCUACUUACCAGCUUGCUUCAGUUCCGAAAUUUCACUUUCAAUUAUCGGAAAAAAGCUAAAAAGAAGUCCUGGAAAAGCUCAAACAUAGUAAAAUUGGUAAAUGGCAUGACAGCUGUAGCUCAGUUCUAUGCUCUAUACUCUCAUAGAGCACGCUCUUUCAACCAAUGACAGCACACAUUAUGUCCGAACUUUAUUAUAAUUUAUCUUAGAGUACUGCUGGUUUAAAAGUUUUUUUUUGUUUGAAGAACCUAUUUCUUUUUUAAGAAGAUUUUCUGUUUUAAGUCUGAGUCUUUUAAAAAUCCUUAAAGCUUCAGCUCCCUCAGUUGUUUGAUAGUAAAUCCUGCAACUCCCUUUGCAACUUAGACUGCACUAAUUCUGAUUUUUCCUUAAUUCUUGUUAUCAGCUGAUACCUAAUUAAAGUUUAAUUGGGUAAAAUUUAUAAUAUUUUAUAUUUUACUAUACUUAUAUUGCUUUAUUAUUUGAGUCGGUAAAUUAGUAAUUACUGGUAGUUACAAUGUAGGUAGUGAGUUUUUUACUCUUUGAUUAUUUAUAGCAAUAUGGUUAGGUAUCCCAAUAGUUAGCUGAAAGAUAUUAGCAUUAACAGUCUAACCUCAGUCGGUAAAUCUGAGACUUAAUAAAAUGUAUGCUUGUAUGUGAGAAAUAGAGGGCAAACAUUUGAAGAGGUCAUUAUCAGUGAGCACCAAAGAGUGAAACAAAACCUACUUUAAACUGAAAAAGAAAAUUUAAAAUGUGCAUAGAAGAAUCCCUCUUCUAAUGAUGACUUGAUUGUGUAAUGACACUCUGCUACAGCCCAUUUUAUCAACAAAAACCCGAGUUUUGUUAUAUCAGAAAUUACUGAUAAGAAAUUACUCACUAAUGCAUUUACUUAGCUUUGUCAGACUUCUCUGAUUAUUUUGAAAUUGCAAGGAACUAACAGUUCUUUUUUUUUUUGGUCUUUAGAAGAUACUUUGUUGAAGAAAAAGCCCUGAAAGAUCACAUGAGAUCUAGAGUUCAUAGGAAAAAGUAGGUUACCUAUCUUCAACCUUACAUAUUUUUUUUACAUGAUUGGUGGCUGUGUGGAAGUAGAAGUCAAUAGUAGGACUGAUUUCUCGUUUUUAAAGGCCUUAAGUUUUAAAGGGAUGACAACUGUUAAUUGAACCAGUCAAGUGCAUGUCUAUCAAAUUUUUUUUGGUCUUAUGAAAUUAACAUUCUUACAAUACAGAUAUGGUUUAUGGGCAGUCAGACAUGCAUUUUGCAAUGAGGGUUUUAAUGCUAGCAUUGGAAAAAGUUUUUUGAUAUUUUAGAAAGGUCAGCCAGCAUACGAAAGGAAAUAAUUUAUGUUAUUUAUUUAUUAUUUUACUCCUUAGAGGGCUUCUUCUCAGGUUCAUUUGGGAGUGUCCAAGCAGGUCCCUUUUUUUUUUUUUUUUUUUUUUUUUUUAUGCAGAGUUUUUUGACAUUUUCAUGUACUGUACUGACUCACUUUUAUGAGGUGUAGCUACAUUGUAACACAAAUACUUAUUUACUUACUGUAUUUUUUUUACUUACAUAUUUUUAGAGUGAAAAUGUUAAGAGAAGUGCCUUACACAACAGAAGAAGCAGAGAGAGCUGCAGGAAUGGGAUCAUACACACUCACAUCAACCAAACCUCUGUUACCAGUCAACGAAGAUGAGGAAAUGACAAACACAGGAAGAGUGGAAAGUGCUGGCACCUAAUCACUCAGUGAUGAUGAAGUGAUGCAAAAAUAAAUUUCUGAUAUUUCUACAUGUGUGCAAUCUGUGUUACUAUUUUCUUCUGUAGCUGCAAAUGAAAGAA